ACGAGCACCAGUGUGUGAAUGUGGCAACUGAAGUAGACAGGGAGGGGUAGAUAGACUGACCAGAUCAGGGGUUUCUGUGUUUUUUUUCUUUAUUUUUUCUUUACUCACAGAACAAAUUGUUUACAGUUCAUGUUACGCCACGGCUGUAAACUUGUUCGCAGAGCAGAAAACCGGGCCGCCGUUGCUUUUCUUUGGGACUAACCGCUGUCGCUUUGAAAACAGCCCAGAAGAAAGAAGGAAAGGGAGAAACAACAUGGGGCUAUAAUAAAACAAGAAGGCAACGGGAUACGUUACAAGAGGAUUUAAGGAUGGACCAAGCCGGCAUCCUGAGAAAGUUUAUCCAGGGGGUGAAGGCCAUGAGCGAGGGGGACGAGGAGAGGGGAGAGGACAACUUCGGCAACGACUUUAUGCGGUUGCGACGGUUAUCUACCAAAUACCGGACGGAGAAGAUCUACCCCACCAACGUAGGAGAGAGGGAGGAGAAUGUCAAGAAGAACAGAUAUAAAGAUAUACUGCCAUUUGAUCACAGUAGGGUGAAGCUGACCUUAAAAACGACCAAUCAGGACACAGAUUACAUCAAUGCUAACUUCAUCAAGGGUAUGGAUGGCCCAGAGGCCUAUAUUGCAACUCAGGGCCCACUGCCGAACACUGUCAUAGACUUCUGGAGGAUGAACUGGGAAUACAAUGUAGCUGUUAUUGUAAUGGCUUGUCGAGAGUUUGAGAUGGGAAGGAAAAAGUGUGAGCGAUAUUUCCCUCUGCUGGGGGAGGAGCCCAUGAGUUUUGGUUCUUUCAGAAUCUCCUGUGAAUCCGAGCAGGCCAGAACAGACUACUUUAUUAGGACUUUGAUGGUGGAGUAUGAAAAUGAAACUCGGAGGAUAACACAGUUCCAUUAUAUGAACUGGCCCGAUCAUGACGUCCCCUCGUCAUUUGACUCCAUACUGGACAUGAUCGGACUAAUGAGAGAAUACCAAGAGAAUGAUGAUGUCCCAAUAUGUGUGCACUGCAGUGCAGGCUGUGGGAGGACGGGUGCAAUCUGUGCAAUCGACUACACAUGGAACCUCCUCAAAGCUGGGAAAAUACCAGAAGAUUUUAAUGUUUUUCGGUUGAUCCAAGAAAUGAGGACGCAGCGGCACUCUGCCGUUCAAACCAAGGAGCAGUAUGAGUUGGUUCAUAGAGCGAUCGCUCAGCUCUUUCAGAAACAACUGCAGCUACUGGAGAGCCCAACCAACACGAAGAUACAUGAUGGCAUGGAUGAAAGCAGUCCAGACAAAGCAAGCCACCAGACAGAUGAUGAGAGAUGGGACACACCACCUCCCAAACCUCCCCGCAUACGCAGUUCCCAGGCAGAAGGCGACGUUAAGGAGGAGAUUCUCCAGCCUCCCGAGCCUCACCCUGUACCACCCAUUCUGACCCCGUCUCCCCCCUCAGCCUUCCCCACCGUCACCAACGUACGGCAGGACAACGACCGCUACCACCCAAAACCUCUCAUACACGUCCUGGCUACUACACAACACAACGUGACACAGAAUAAAGACGUGGACCAGCAGCAGAACCAGUCAGAACCCAGUCAAAAAAAACAGAUCAGUCCCUCAGAGCAGAAAGACCAAGAUUUACAGAGUCGAAAAGAGCAGACGCAGGUCUCAAAUCUGGAUCUCAAUGACAAUUACAACAACAAAUUGUCUUCAGCAUCAACAAAAUCAGAAUCAGGCCAAAGCCAGACUCAGACUCCCUCCUCGCCCCUCUCCCCAGUCGUUGAAUGUUCUGGUGCUCCUCGGAUCGAGAGGAAGCUCAGCAUUGAGAUUAAAAAGGUGCCGCUGCAGGAAGGACCUCGUAGCUUUGACACUUCCUCCUCGAUGGGAGUGGCAAGCGGGCUCGGCAGCGGUUCAACCAACAGCGUGAGUAUGCUACAAAGAGGCCACGCCUUCAAAGCCCGUUCUGGCCAAUCCCUGCUGACGUCUAGCUCCUCGCUGUCAGAGGACUCGGGAACAGAGGGAGGAACAGUUGGGGAGAGUCAUGCAGACGGAGGCAUCCUAGCCAGACCAAACCAUCUCCCUGUGAAGAGCGGAGAGAAGGGGGAGGCACAGGGAGGGGAGAGAGUGGAGGUGAAGGCUGGCCACGCAGCGUGGGGUCAGCCCUGCAACAGCCCCGAAAAACAGUUCCCAAAGACCUCCUCCUCCUCUUCCUCCUCAGACCGUGUCGCUCCAUCUUCAUCCUCCUCCUCCCAUCUCUCCUCCUCCUCUUCCUCCUCCUCCUCCACUCCUGUUAGGACUGCCCUGAGUUUCACCAACCCCCUGCACUCCGAUAACUCGGACGAGGAGGGGGAUCGAGAAAUGUCCGCAGGAAAGGAGGGUUAUCGUACUAAUGUAUCCACGGCGACAGCCAUGGUUACUGCAUCGCCUCACCAUGGAGACCAGCAGCCAGUCAGGAAGGUGUUGCCAAUGUCGAUCGCAGUGCAUAGCUCUCCGUCUCCCUCUGCAACCACAGCAAAUCCUCUGGAAGUGAGAACGUCAGCCUCAGCUGAAUGGAGCGGUUCACACAAAGAUGUGUCAGACUGCGUUAGGAAGACAUCUCCAACUGACCCUGCAUCUGCUGGCACCACAGUAACAGACAGCAAGGCAGACUUGGGUGGGGUUCGGUAACCGCUGCAUCCAGCCCAAAGGCCCUCGAGAACCCCCCCUGGAGUGGACAUGAUGGAACGAUCCGUCUGCCCGUCCACCGACAGUAUCCUCGCCUGUCAGGAGAUGGACUCUGCCGAUCUCACCUGGCUGGUCCAAAAAACCAAGUUGAUAGAUGCUACACCGACAGACAGCACAUCGUUACAUAGAAGCCCCUUCUGUGUGACUCUGUGCCAACAGCUUGUCAAGACUGAGUUCCUCCUCUUCCUCCACAGUCCUUCCUUCAAAGUGCCACUGUGCAAAGCAGAAGAACACUUACUGGUCAAGUGGCUUGUCCAUUGUAGAACAAAGGCCACAUUUUCCCUGUUCAGCUUGCGGAUGUUAGAGGUUUUGACUUAGACGCUGACCAGUCUCCAGUCUGAUUAUUUCCCUGUUAACGGUUAAAGGAUAAUUCCUGAUUUUUUUUUUUUUUCUCUCUCUCUCUUUUUUGGUGACUUGAGAGUAGACUUAAAAAAUUGUCUCGUUUUUUUUUUCAC